AUGGGCUACCCAAUGCGGCUUUCCCUUUUUUUGAGCAGAUGGCAGCAUUUUGGGUUUCCCGCUUUCCCGUUAACGGCGUCGAUAUGGCUCGCCGCCGCCCUACUGUUUGGCAAGAACACCUCAAGUGUCAUCUUUCCCGUACCACUUACCGAGGUCCGGUUUUUCCCCUCGUUUCUUUUCCUUGUUUUCAUUACCCCGCCUUGCGAGCCAAACGCUCUAGCCCGCAAUACGUGUGGAGGAUCCACCACCUCAAUAGUUUGUCGCACCGCCAUUGUGACUAGCGACUCCGAACAACACUCGCAAAGUGAGCAACAUGGGCCGAAGCCCGGUGCAGAACUCUUUGGUGCGGCCUUAACCGGCGUGGGCUUCAAAUUGGCAAAUGACCCAGUGCAGGCCGCGCGGCUCAGUGGCUGCAAAGGCGGGGGCGUCGCAGCACACCGCGCGCUCAUUUCUGAUGGGGCAUGUCCUCAGCGUGCUGCUCCGUGGGGGCGAGGCGAUUGCCUCAUGCCCGGUCCCUGCGCGCCCCCGCGGCCCGGAAGCGAGCCAUUGCGAAAGCAGCGAGGCGUUUCGUGGCCUAAGUGUGUCUACGGAGGGCGCGCCCGUCCGUUCU